AUGCAUUCACACUGCGUCCUUCGUGCGGCCAUUCUUGGUAUUGCCGCUAUCACCUCUGCCGCGUACGUUUCCGAUGCUCAGCUCGAUGAGCUAGAACGAUACUGGUCAUAUGGCAGGUCUGAGCCUUUUUAUCCUUCUCCAAUCGGGAAUGGCACUCAUGCAUGGGCCGCUGCAUACGGCAAGGCAAGAUCGCUUUUGGAUCAGAUGACCAACGAGGAGAAGAACAACAUCACCUACGGAUUUACGGCCGUGAACACUUCUUGUGGAGGAACAAGUGGCUCGGUACCUCGUGUAGGCUUCCCAGGACUAUGUCUACAAGACGCCGAAAAUGGCGUGAGAGGUACUGAUAUGGUCAACGGAUAUCCAUCCGGACUCCAUGUUGGAGCCUCCUGGAACCGCAACUUGGCCUAUGACCGCGGCUUCUACAUCGGGGCGGAAUUUAAAGCCAAAGGUGUCAGUGUGGCAUUGGGCCCAGUGGCUGGGCCGCUUGGCAAAUGGCCUCGAGGCGGUCGUAACUGGGAGGGCUUCAGCAACGAUCCAUACCUUGCCGGAGCUCUGACUUAUGAGACCACGCUUGCGAUGCAAAAGAGCGUCAUGACUUGUAUCAAGCAUUUGCUGGGGAACGAGCAGGAGACUAACCGCAUGAAGUCACGGUUCGGCGAUAACCCCCAAAAUGCGUCAGUCUCAUCGAACAUUGACGACAAAACGGUGCACGAACUUUACUUGUGGCCCUUCCAGGAUGCGGUAAAAGCUGGCGCCAUUUCCGCAAUGUGCAGCUACCAGCGCUUCAACAACAGCUAUAGUUGCCAGAACAGCUACUUGAUGAACAAGCUGUUGAAAGAUGAACUUGGUUUUCAGGGCUUCGUGGUGUCCGACUGGGUUGCCCAGCACACUGGUGUAGCUAGUGCUGAGGCAGGCUUAGACAUGGCAAUGCCCAACAGUCCUUACUGGGCUGGUAACUUGAGUGUGGCAGUGGCAAAUGGAUCUCUUAGCCAAGUGCGUCUCGAUGACAUGGCCACCCGCAUUCUCGCGUCAUGGUACAGGCUAGAAGAGAUGAAAAACGACGCCUUCAGUAACCCGGGAUUUGGUCUGCCCUAUGAUCAUUCGAAACCACAUCAUCCAGUUAAUGCCCGUGAUCCAGCUUCUAAAGGCACUAUCUUCCAAGGUGCUGUUGAGGGUCACGUUUUGGUCAAGAACGAGGGCAAUACUCUACCACUCAAAUCCCCCAAAUUCCUCUCUCUGUUCGGUUACGAUGCUACAGCAGCUCAUAUCAACACGUUCCAAACAAGAGAUUACCAAUCCUGGGCGCUGGGAUUGGAGAAUGCCCUAGUAUUUCCUAAUGGUACCGAUUGGACAGUUGACGCUAUGCAUUGGGUCGAGACUUCGAGUUGGCAAUCCGGGGCCCAUGGACCAGGUAUCGGGAUGAAUGGAACCUUGAUAACCGGUGGCGGCUCCGGAGCGACAACUCCUGCCUACAUUGACGACCCAUUCACUGCUUUCCAGCGACAGGCGUACGAAGACGAUACAUUUCUCGCCUGGGACUUUCAUAAUAACACACCCGUUGUCAAUCAGGGCUCGGAGCACUGUAUUGUUUUCGUGAAUGAGCUGGCGGGCGAGGGCUGGGACAGGCCCGCUCUCGCUGACAGCUACUCUGAUAGUCUCAUCAACUCAGUAGCCAGCCAGUGUAACUCUACCAUCGUCAUCAUUCACAACGCUGGGGUCCGGACUGUUACCGAAUGGAUCGACAACCCCAAUAUCACCGCCGUUAUCUAUGGCCAUCUUCCAGGUCAAGAUACGGGACGCGCUAUAGUAGAAAUUAUGUAUGGUCGUCAGUCGCCAUCAGGAAGACUACCCUACACAGUAGCUAAGCGCGAUGUCGAUUACGGACAGCUUCUCAAUCCCGUGGUUGCUACGGGUCUCGAUCUUUACACACAAGAUAACUUUACUGAGGGCGUAAAUAUCGACUAUAAGCAUUUCAUUGCUCACAACAUCACGCCCCGAUACGAGUUCGGCUUCGGCCUCAGUUAUACGACUUUUGAGUAUCGCAAUCUCUCGCUUAGAAGAACAAAUGCCAGUUAUCAGCUAGAAGCACCGCGUGGUCCAGACGGCGAAGCUAUACCUGAAGCAGGCUUGCUCUCAUUGUGGAAUGUUCUCCUUGAAGUGUCGCACGAUGUCCAAAAUACUGGACAAGCAGACAGUGCAGAGGUCUCGCAGCUCUACAUUGGUAUACCAGGAGGACCUUUGAAACAGUUGCGCGGUUUUGACAAGAAAUACUUGCAUACUGAUGAGACUAAAGCCUUCAUGUUCAGUUUAACGAGGCGAGAUCUUAGUGUUUGGACACCGGAUGGAUGGGUUCUCCCCCGCGGCUGCUAUUAUAUCUACGUUGGAAAGAGUGUACUAGAUAUCAGGCUUACUAGUACUUUUACUAUCUAG